GCGGGUUAGGCUGCGUAAACAAAUGCGGCUAGUCAUGUAUAAGCUCGUGAUCUCGGAAGGGUAAUGGCGAUUGUUGACUUCGUUUCAGUGAAUUGUUGCAAUUUAAUUAUUCUUUGUGACUGUAGUGCUGCCUUAGUUGAUUAAGAAGUGACAGCUAGUUUUGUGUCACGGACAGUUAUACUUGUGAAGAAAAAAUAUCCAAGAAGAGCAAGUACGAAAAUUACAGAGAUGAUUCAAGACUUGACGUGAGUUGGCAGAGCCACUGUGAGCUCAUAAGAAGUGAUGCCCAAUAUGCUGUCAGUGCUUGAAGAAGAGGGAGACAUCUAUGAGGGUUUCCAGCCUCAUGUAGACACUAGUAGCAUACCACUCCAAGCUGAUAGCCCAAACAAGAAGCCAGCAUUAAAGACAUACAAUGACAUACACAGUUUACUGCAGCUGGGUAGAAAAGGAGAAGUAAAGCAAAUUAUUCGCGAGAAUGCAUGGCCUAUCAAUAGCACUAUACGCUCACAGCUGUGGCCAACUCUUUGUCAGCAACAUGGAUCAGACAGGUCAAUGCAAGAGGGCUUUUAUUGGGACAUGGUUAAUCAGCUAUUUGGUACUACGGAACUCCCAGACAGGCCUAUACUGCUGCCUACUUUUGUAGACAGUAGCCAUUGUAUGGCAUACCAUUUGACAAGGAAAGGACGCGGUGUUGUGGACAGAGUUGUGUGUGUUGUAGGCUAUGCGUGCCCAGACAUUACGUUUAGCCCAGCUUUGUAUCCAGUUACUGCCAUUUUGCUGCACUUCAUGACUGAAGAAGAGUGUUACAACUGCAUAACCAGCCUUAUUGCUUCAAAAAACAAGAUGUUCAUGACACAAACUAAACAGUUGUAUGAAGUAACCUGGCGGACAGUCAUGCAGAUUACAAAAAAACAUGUGAAAGGUGCUGCUGUUCAUCUUGCUCGACACUGCCCUGAUGCACAAUCUGAACGCAUAUAUUCAAAUUGGUUGUGGUGGAUACUGCAGGGGAUUCCAUUCAACCACUUGGUGCGUGUAAUGGAUUGUUUCUUAAAUGAAGGUAUUAAAGUGCUGUACCGUGUGGCAAUGGCUCUUCUGCUGCUUUUCUACAAAUACUCUGCUCCUCAAAACUCUGAGUGGAUGAAUCAGAUACUGAAGCAUGGAAUUGAAACAGCAUUUAUGAAUUUCUGCAAGCACAUACCGGUGACUCCUGCAAAAAUGUUAAGGACAGCAUUUGGUGUUCGAGGGCUUAGUUCAGCAUAUAUAUCAAAAGUAUUUUUGAAGACAGAAAUGAUUUUGAAAAGUAAAUCUGUUCAGAGCAGUUCCCGCCAACUUGUGAGGUCACGUUCCAGUGAGAACUUGCCAACGAGUCAGUCUCAAGUUAAUAUUCAAAUGAUGUCCCAUACGCUUACUAUCAGAGAGGGAUCUCAUUCACCUGGUGCUCGGGUCCCUUCUAUGGGUGUUUAUCCCAUAUAUAACAUCAGAUCUCAUGUAUUAGACCAAGAUGAAGGUGCUGAAAACAGCAGGAACAUGCAGCUCAUUACUCUGUGGUCUUGGCUGCCAGUGAGAAUAACAAUGUACCAGCCAGUUCUUUUAUACACUACAGAGGAACAUGGUUGUAGCCUAACUACCUUCUUCGUGCGUGUGGAACACCAUGAACCCACACUUCUGAUGAUAAAGACUUGCAACAAUGAGGUGUUCGGAGCAUAUUGUUCAACUCGGUGGUAUGAGCGAAAUCUCAAAGAUAAUCAUGGCAACAGGCAAGCCUACUUUGGGACCGGUGAGACUUUUCUUUUUAGUUUAUAUCCAGAACGUGCCAAAUACCCAUGGGUAGGCAUGGAUUGCAGUAAUGGAGAUCCUAAUAUUGACCAUUCAGCAGAGCUCUUCAUGGCUGCCGAUUCAAAAAUGUUAACCAUUGGUGGAGGUGAGGGACAAGCCAUUUGGAUGGAUGAAAAUAUUCGCUUUGGCAAAACAGAUCGUUGCCUCACAUUCAACAAUCCUCCCUUGUGCGCCAGUGGGGACUUCGAAAUAAGAGUGCUUGAAGUUUAUGGGUUUUCUGGAGCCUGAAUGUUUUAAUGUUCUUUGAUCUCAGGUUAUAGAAAUUGUUUGUACAAACUAUUGUGUAAAUGUUGCAUUCCACAGACAGUGAAAUGGUACAUAUUUCUUAUUUAUUAUAAGAAAAUUUCCCAGUUUUAGUUAUUACCCUGGGAGUCUGUUUCAACAUUAAACCUAUAGUGAAUUGUUAUAUGGCCAUUACUUAUGACCUCUUUUGUAACAUAUGUUUCAUAAUUUAAAUUAUUGUUUUGUAAUUGUUGCAGUUGGUAGUGUUGUUAGAUAUUUCUGUUGCUGUAUUGUUUAUCCAUACAAUUUUUAUGCGUGUUAUUCAGUUAUUUUAUUGAUGAGCUUUCUAUUUGGUGUAAAUGCUUUGUACAUUUUUUCAUAGACUGUUUACAUAUUUGUGUAUCUAUAAAUAAUUUAUUGUUAUGUUACACAGCCACGCUUAUCGAUUGAAAUAUUAUUAUUUUUUUUAGAAAAAAAUAAUAAGAUAUAUGUACAGUUCAGCAGCAGUUCAAUGCUGUGCAAGAUAAUAUAUGUUUAACACUGGUAUAUUAUGUGACCAUUGUGUUUUUGUGUGCUUGAGAUUGGCAUGAGAGAGAGAGAGAGAGAGUUAUUUAAGGGUGUGUGUCUCCCUGCAAUAAUGUAGCACUAAUAGAACACCACCAUUCAAGUUGUGACUGGGACAGUGUAGUGUCUUUAUGUAUUGCCUAUAAUUGCUUGGGUAGUAUGCACCUAAGAAUGAUGUAGCUAACUGUCAUAUAUUUUUUAUAAAUGUUUUAGUACUACAAGUAGUGUGAAUCAAAUGAAACACUAUAACUUUAAUUGCAAAUUUCAUUUCCACUGGGUGCACAAAUCAAGUAUGUCAUGCUAAUGAGUUACCACAAUAUAAGAUCAUUAUUUUCUUACUGGAUUCAAUUUAUCAAACAAAAUCUCUCAAACAGUACAAAAUUAAUUGUAAUGAGUUAAUUAAUGUUAUUACUUAAUUAGAAUGAAGAGAGAGACUGUAAGCAAACAAAAAAGGUAAGAUGAAACUAUGAAACAUUUACUAUUUGUUGCUGGAAUUUGCCUCGAGUUAGUAUUAGUUCAUAUUUUGGAACGAGCAGUCACUUAGCGCCUACUAUUGUUUUAGUGCUUAAAUCAACUGUUUUCUGUGAUGUGACUAUUUUCUGUGAAAUCCAUUCCAAAAGAAUUCUGAUUAACAACAGAAUACCAGAUAAAAAUGUGGAAAGGCUCACAAAAAGUUAAUAAAAUAAGAACAGCAUGGUUCUGUGGGAUCAUUUUCUAUUUUAUGCAGGACAAUUUACCUAUUUCUGUUUAUUUACCAAAUUCUCCAUAUUUGUCAAA